CCAAAUGGGAAUUUAAACCAUUUAUAAAAGGGCUUGGGCUUUAAAUAUUCAACAACGAGCCAACUACCAGCCUACCGUGUUAUAAACCCUAAUGCGCCACCAUCCUUCCUUUUUCGGAAAAAAUUCUGUUUGCCCUCAUUCUUAAACACUCUUAUCUUUGAAAUCCUCCAUAAUAAAAUUUUUCCUCUGAUUCGCAGCGCAGAUUUAAAGAAAAAGAGACGGAAGGGGAUUUUCAGGUUCAUGGUGGUUGAUUUUAAUUUUCGUCUAUAAGUUAGGGUUUUUUUUGUUAGUCUAGUGAAAAUGCCAGGGGUAAUGCCAAUAUUGCCCCUUCCGGCACCCCCUUCUGAUGGGGAUUUAGGCCCAUUACCUCCAUCUCAGGUGCCAGAGGCUCAAAAUGAGGAGAUUCAAACGAAUGAAGAACAGAACAAAGCUAACUCAGUUGCAACUCAUACUAGAACUAUUGGAAUCAUUCAUCCUCCUCCUGAUAUUAGAAAUAUUGUUGAUAAAACUGCUCAGUUUGUUGCCAAAAAUGGACCCGAAUUCGAGAAAAGAAUCAUUGCUAAUAACGCUAACAAUGUCAAGUUCAAUUUCUUGACUAGUUCAGAUCCAUACCAUGCUUAUUAUCAACAUAGGUUGUCUGAGUUUCGUGCUCAGAAUCAGAACCAGCCCAACUCCCAGCAGCAGCAGCCGCAAUUGCAGUCUGCUGAUUCAGCUCCAGCUGAGACUGCUACAGCUGCAGCUGCAGAUGGGAAUGAUGCAGUAGUGGCAGUAGCUAAGCCUGAUCCCGCUUCGCUGUUUAGACUGCCUGUGCGGAAGAAUCUUGAACCACCGGAAGCAGCCCAAUAUACUGUUAGACUUCCUGAAGGGAUUACAGGGGAAGAGUUGGAUAUUAUUAAGCUGACUGCACAGUUUGUUGCACGAAAUGGGAAAUCAUUCUUGACUGGGUUGACCAGUAGGGAGAUUAAUAAUCCCCAGUUCAAUUUUUUAAGGCCUACUCACAGUAUGUUUACCUUUUUCACCGAACUUGCUGAUGCAUAUUCCAAAGUGUUGAUGCCUCCAAAGGGCUUGACAGAAAAGUUGAGGAAGAGUGUUGUUGAUAUGACAACUGUGCUUGAGAGGUGCUUGCACCGGCUGGAAUGGGAACGCUCGCAGGAGCAGGCAAGGCAGAAAGCUGAGGAUGAAAUUGAGCAGGAGAGAAUGCAAAUGGCAAUGAUUGAUUGGCAUGAUUUUGUUGUGGUUGAGACUAUAGACUUUGCUGAUGACGAGGACGAGGACUUACCUCCCCCAAUGACCAUUGAGGAGGUAAUAAGGAGGAGCAAGAUCACUGCUAUGGAAGAAGAUGAGAUUGUUGAGCCUGGAAAGGAGGUGGAAAUGGAAAUGGAUGAAGAAGAGGUACAGCUUGUUGAGGAAGGCAUGAGAGCUGCUAGCAUUGGAGAGAAUGAUGGUGAGAAGAAGGAUAUAAGGGUAAAUGAGGACCCUGAACCACCAAUGAGAAUUGUGAAGAACUGGAAGAGGCCUGAGGAGAGAAUCACUGCUGAAAGAGAUCCUACCAAGUUUGUUGUCUCACCAAUAACUGGUGAGCUAAUUCCCAUUAAUGAGAUGUCUGAACACAUGAGAAUUUCCUUAAUUGAUCCCAAGUACAAGGAGCAGAAAGAAAGGAUGUUUGCGAAGAUUAGGGAGACAACUCUUGCUCAGGAUGAUGAGAUAUCUAGAAACAUUGUGGGACUUGCACGCACACGUCCUGAUAUCUUUGGUACCACUGAGGAAGAAGUAUCUAAUGCUGUCAAGGCUGAAAUUGAGAAAAAGAAAGAUGAGCAACCAAAACAGGUUAUAUGGGAUGGUCACACUGGAAGCAUUGGACGAACCGCAAACCAGGCUAUGUCUCAAACCAUCAUGGGAGAAGAUCAAAAUGAUGCUGCUAACAGCAUUUCACAGAACCUUCCUGGUCCUGCUGCUCCUCCUCCUCGACCUGGUGUCCCAUCAGUUCGUCCCCUCCCCCCACCUCCUGGACUAGCUUUAAACCUCCCUCGUGUUCCUCCAAAUGCUCCCCAAUAUUCUGCCGCAUCUAGUGGGGGGCUUCCUAUGUCGUUACCUCAACCUCGUCCAAUUGGUGUUCCAGUAAUGCAGUCAAUGCGUCAGGCACCACCUCCUAUGCAGAUGGCACCUGGCCAACAAUCCAUGAUGAUGAAUCGACCACCACAAAUGUCUCCAACAAUGUCCAUGAACCCAGUUAAUAUGCCUGUGCCCCCUCCACCUGGUUCUCAAUUUACUGCUGUCUCAGUUCCUCGACCCUUUGCCCCACUUCCUGUCCCACCACCUUCUAUGCCCAUGAUGCAGCCACCUCCACCUUUGCCUCAAGGAAUUCCUCCACCACCACCACCUGAAGAAGCUCCUCCACCACUUCCUGAUGAGCCAGAGCCAAAAAGACAGAAACUUGAUGAUGCCAAGCUUGUUCCAGAAGAUCAGUUUCUUGCUCAACAUCCGGGUCCUGCUUGCAUUACUGUGUCUGUUCCCAACCUUGAUGAAGGGAAUCUCAAAGGACAACUUCUUGAGAUCACUGUGCAGGCCUUAUCUGAAACAGUUGGCAGUUUGAAGGAGAAAAUUGCAGGGGAAAUUCAGCUUCCUGCAAAUAAGCAGAAAUUGAGUGGAAAAGCUGGGUUUCUGAAGGACAAUAUGACCCUUGCAUAUUACAAUGUUGGAGCAGGAGAAACGCUUGCUCUUUCAUUGAGGGAACGUGGUGGGAGGAAGAGGUGAUGAGUUUUUUGAACGAGGCUAUCCAAGCUUCCAGUGGGAACUUAAAAAUUAUCGUGGGAUUCUUAUCUCAAUCCUCUUUGUUGUUAUAUUUUGGAGAUUAAAGUGGCUUGGUCUUGUACUACUAGGAUUACUAUCAUAAUAUUACUGCUAUAGUUAAAACAUGUCUUGUUCUUUUAAUCUGAUGGCAAGUCUGAUAUCUACUACAGAUCUGGCAUUUUGGCGAGCCUCUCAGGGGCAAUGGAAGUAUAGGCAUCCUUUAGCUUAGGGAGACAAGUUACCCUGUUAUGUCAACAACCAAUUAUUGCUUCCCUAUGAAUCUGCACUGGGUUUACCACUAAUAUAACUAUCUACAUAUUUUGCCCACGUUAAUGAUCAUGAAAGUGUCUUGUUAAGUUAUAUAUCGUGGCAAAUAGUGUGAUAUUUGGGUCUUGGCCCAGGAAAAAGUUUGAAUAGAUUAUGCUGAGCAGCACAUCUCCCAGUUGUGUGACUAUGUCACACCACUCACCAAAGGCUUUUCUGAGCAAAUUUCUCUGAUGUUUACUCUUAUUGGAUUUGGUCAACGAUGAUUGAUGCAAUGAUAUCUUUUGAUCCUGUAGACAUUUUCACUUCAGAAAAGCCAUUUGUUUGGAGUCAUGGUCAAGGAUGUUGUUAUGUGAAACCUGAGAAGCUAUCACAGGUGGUGUUUCAGGACCGCAGGUGCUGGUGGCGGUGGCUUGUCAUUUGACAUUUCCAAUGUCGUAGAAGCAAUUGUGUUUCCUUGUAUUUUUACGGAUUCUUUUUAAAGCUGCUAUUUCUUUGUUUUUGUUUUAAUUGCAGCAUUGGUUGGGUGGCUAGUCUCUAGAUAGAGUUCAUGGUAGACAUUGGCGCUAUAUAUUGACAUCUUUUUCUUGAGAAUGUCUUUGUAUUCUUUAGCUGCACUAUAAGCAAACAAACUGAUUAGCUUUCAUAAAUUUGAAUAAACAAAUUGUCAAAUA